GGAAGUUGGAACCAUUUGUAGGAUAUUUUGCUCGUAAUGCCGUGAAGCUAAACGUGUCGUCGCAUGUCUCUGGUCUAAAACGGCGUCGCAGGUUGUAGACGCGACGCCACUUUAGAAGCUCCCUUCGCUCUCUGUGCCUUGAUUUUCCCUCUCGCAUUCCCCUGUCAUGGCGUUUCUACCCCGCCGAUAUCUAUGGUUUCUCGUGAAGUUCAACAAUGCCAGGUACCAUUCGCCCUACCUCUCUUCACCAAGUUCGUUAUUUUCAUUUCCCUGUUCAACCCUCGAUUUUCCAUCAAGUUCCUUGAAUGACCGGCCAGCACCGGAUCACAUCACCUGCAAAGCGAAUCUCGAAGAACGCUUGGUUCUUGAGCAACUCUCUGACCUCUUACCAAUCUCACCUGGUAAUGCUUCCGCCCCGAACCUAUUUAAAGAUUACAAUCAAAGUAAACAAAUAGCACAAGUUAGGGCAGUUGACGGGUUUUUGUUACCCGAAGAGAAAUUACGAGGGAUCUUCCUUCAGAAGCUGAGAGGUAAAUCUGCAAUUGAGGAGGCUUUGACAAAUGUUGGUGUGGAAUUGAGUCUUGAUGUUGUUGCUAAAGUAGUGAACAGAGGAAACUUAGGUGGCGAAGCAAUGGUUUUCUUUUUUAAUUGGGCAACUAAGCAGCCGGCGAUAACUAAGGACAUUAAUAGUUAUCGCGUGAUAAUAAAAGCGCUAGGGAGAAGAAAAUUCUUUAGAUUUGUGAUGACAAUGCUGCGUGACAUGAGGGUCGAAGGCGUUAGCAUUGAUUUGGAGACGCUAUCGAUUGUGUUGGACGCUUUCGUUAGGGACCAUCAAGUGUCAAAAGCAAUACAGAUUUUUGGGAACUUAGAGGAGUUUGGAUUGAAAUGUGAUACCGAGUCUUUGAAUGUGCUUUUACGAUCUCUCUGUCAGCGGUCCCAUGUUGGUGCUGCAAAUUCAUUUUUGAAUUCGAUUAGAGGGAAGACACCGUUCGAUAGUAUGUCAUACAAUAUCAUUGUUGGUGGGUGGUCGAAAUUUGGUCGAGUUAGCGAAAUGGAGAGUGUUUUGGAGGCAAUGUUGGCAGAUGGGUUUAGUCCUGAUAGCUUUACUUUCAGUUAUCUUAUUGAGGGUUUAGGAAGGGCUGGUCGGAUUGAUGAUGCUGUUCAGAUUUUUAAGAACAUGGAGAAGAAAGGUUGCUUGCCAGACACUGGAGUUUACAAUGCAAUAAUAUCUAACUUUAUAUCUGUUGGAGAUUAUGACGAAUGUGUGAAAUAUUAUAAGAGUAUGUUGAGUAAUAGCUGUGAGCCUGAUAUUUCUACUUUUACCAAAUUAAUUGCUGCUUUUCUUAAGGCUCGCAAAGUUGCUGAUGCACUGGAAAUGUUUGAUGAGAUGUUAAGUCGUGGGAUUCUUCCCAGUACGGGGACUAUAACCUCUUGGAUUGAACCUUUAUGCAGCUAUGGUCCGCCCCAUGCUGCUAUGGUCAUUUACAAUAAAGCAAGAAAAUUUGGAUGUAGAAUAUCUCUGAGUGGUUAUAAACUAUUGCUUAUGCGGCUUUCUAGGUUUGGUAAAUGCGGAAUUUUGUUAAAUGUAUGGGACGAUAUGCAUGAAUGCGGUCAUUCUUCGGAUAUGCAAGUUUAUGAGUAUGUCAUCAAUGGCCUUUGCAACACAGGGCAACUUGAAAAUGCUGUACUGGUUAUGGAGGAGUGUUUGCGGAAAGGUUUUUGCCCAGGCAGGCUUAUAUAUAGCAAACUAAAUAACAAGCUAUUGGCUUCGGAUAAAGUUGAGAGGGCUUACAAGCUGUAUUUGAAAAUCAAACGUGCUCGUCGUGAUGAAAAUGCUAGGAUAUAUUGGCGUGCUAAUGGCUGGCAUUUUUAAACUGGCAUGUUUGUCGGCAGCAAGUGCAAUUUGUUUGUCCCUUGCUUUGUCCCACUACGGGUUCAUUACUUGCAUGCAGUAUGAAAUAAUCCCUCUAUCUGUUGUAAUCAUACCUGAAGCUGGAGUGCAACUUGAAGCUCACCAUUGGAGGUAGUUCUUUCAUCAAAAAUUAUACUUGCGGUUCCCUUUAUGAAUCAGUGUAUGAAAUCCGUUUCAAUUGUGAGUAGCAUCAAAGAGAUAUGAAUAGAUAGCUGCGAGGCCUAUCCUUUACAAUUCUAAAAGUUUUCUUUCUGGCCUUUUUUUCUAAUCUACAGAGAAAUAUGACACCGUUUACUUAUUAAUGGAGACUGGGCAUUGAAAACUUGUGAAGCCACAUGGAUGCUUGAAUCAAGUCAUAACCAAGGAGAGUGGUGAUGAGAAAUCUAGCAAACUGUGAAGCAGAAGAUACUGAAUUGGGAAAAAUAGAAGGGUGGGGGUUUAGGUGUCUAUCUUGAAUCAGUUGGGCACCAAUAAAUUGGUGAAUGUGAGCUUACAUGCCCCUCCAAAAGUUUAAAAAGGAAGAAUUCAGCGUUGAAGUCUUGAAAUUUUUUUUGUUGUUUGUUAAAUUUAAGAAAUUUGGAAAAGCCACCUUGUCUUAAGUGAGGUUUAAA